AUGGCAAACCCAAAUGCCAGUGCGGUCUUCCUGGCCUUCAUCGUCAUUCUCAUCGUGGUCAUCUUAAUCCUGCUUGGUUUCUGCUGGAAGUUCCUCAGGCCAGAUAUCAUGAGGAGAUUGAUGAGACCAAAGAAAGCUCCUUCAGAGGUACCUGAGUAUUUCAGCGGCAACAUGAGCGGCAACCUGCGGACAAUCACUUACUUUGAUUAUGCAACACUCAAGAAGGCCACAAGGGAUUUCCAUAAGAAGAAUCAGCUCGGGAGAGGAGGCUUUGGGCCUGUUUAUCUGGGGAAGCUUGACGAUGGCAGGAAGGUUGCUGUGAAGCAGCUGAGCGUCGGCAAGUCAGGUCAGGGCGAGUCCGAGUUCUUCGUCGAGGUGAACAUGAUAACCAGCAUCCAGCACAAGAACCUUGUUCGCCUUGUGGGCUGCUGCUCGGAGGGGCAGCAACGGCUGCUUGUCUACGAGUACAUGAAGAACAAAAGUUUGGACAAGAUACUGUUUGGUGUUGAUGGUGCCCCGUUUCUGAACUGGAAGACACGGCACCAGAUCAUCAUCGGCAUUGCUCGAGGCCUGCAGUACCUGCACGAGGAGUCCAAUCUGAGGAUUGUUCAUCGUGACAUCAAGGCGAGCAACAUCCUCCUGGACGACAAGUUCCAGCCCAAGAUCAGUGACUUCGGAUUGGCCAGGUUCUUCCCCGAGGAUCAGACAUACCUUAGCACUGCAUUUGCCGGCACACUGGGCUACACUGCGCCUGAAUACGCCAUCAGAGGGGAGCUCACGGUGAAAGCAGACACAUACAGCUUCGGCGUGCUCGUGCUCGAGAUCGUCAGCAGCAGGAAGAACACGGAUCUCUCUCUCCCAAACGAAAUGCAGUACCUGCCUGAACAUGCAUGGAGGCUGUACGAGCAAUCCAAGAUACUCGAGCUGGUCGACACGAAGCUGCAGGCCGACGGGGUCGACGAGAAGGAGGUGGCGCGGGUGUGCCAGAUCGCGCUGCUCUGCGUGCAGCCAUUCCCGAACAUGCGGCCGGCGAUGUCGGAGGUGGUGCUGAUGCUCACCAUGAAGGCCACCGAUCAGUCCAUCCCUGCGCCGGUGAGGCCGGCGUUCCUGGACAGGAACAGCCUCACGGACAAGAACAACGGCGGCGGCGGCGGCGGCGGCGGCGGGUCCGAGACGGCGGCCGAGAUGAGGUCGACGUCGUACUGGCUCGGCACGCCGUCGCCCAUGGUCGACCGGCCGUACGACAUGAGCUGUGGCAUAUAAUGAUCGCGCAUUCGCACACCGGCGUUCUGGUGGUUGCCGUACAGGCAAGAUCGAGCAUUGAAGUCGCCAUUGUGACGAUGAAAUGGUAAGAACUGUUUCGUACUAGAGCGAAAUACUACCAUUUUGCUGGCAAUCUAACACAAAUACUAUAUUUAUGGUGCUUUUUUUUGUGUGUGCACAACAUCAGUUUUGUACAGAUUCACUUACUAGUAGUUUACUUAAUUAGUACCAAAUAAGAAGAGAGGUUGGUAUAAACUACACACUUCUCCACUGAAGAUUAAAGAAAAAGCCGGGAGAGACAAAUUUUCACUGCUCAUUCAGUAAUUUGCACUCUUAAUGACUAUGAACUGAUAGUAAAAUGUGUGGUGUUCUUUUUUUCCAUAUUUCUCAAUGCUUCGGGUUUUCCGUAUGUACUUUCUUAUACUCUUGUAGAUAUUAACAUUUUGGAUAGUCAAACAACAGAAAACUGUGUCAU